AUGUACAGUGUCGAAGACCUGCUGAUCUCCCACGGCUACAAGCUGUCGAGGAAGCUGCCAGCCCCCCGCGAGGAUGCCGGCGAGGGGCGCCAGCCCGCGAGGACCGUGGUGCCCGCGGGCCCCGGCCUGCUGAAUGGCUGUGACGAAGGCCCCACUGCCCUCCCCCGGGGCAAGGCCUCUCCAGGGACGGGCCUCCUGAGCGACCCCGAGAGCCGCCGCCUCAGGCCGAGGGGCCACGGGGAGCGCCCCAGCGCUGCGGCUGCUACCAGGAUCUCCGAGGCUGGGUUCUACCAUCAGCCGGUGCUCGCAUGGUCCUCGCAGCCCCUGACCGGCCGCAGCCACGCCUACUGGAGGAGAAGAGAGCAGGAGGCCCGGGAGGACCCAGGGGGCCGAGGCCCGGCCCCCAGCCUGCCCGCGCACCCGAGGGAGGGUCCCUGGGAAGUUGGAGGAAGGUCUGAGCACGUGAUGAAGAAGGCUGUUUGGGAAGACGAGCUGGGAAUGGCGGGUCCCGCCAGAUGGCAGGAUGUCAGCGUUGGAAGCUGGAACCAGCCCCCGAGACUUGGGAGGCAGAUGUCAGACGGUGUUGGAGAGAAGUUGUUUCAGGACCUGUACCCGUUCAUGCUUGGGGAGCACGGGCUGACCUCCCAGAGCAAAGGGAAGUCCCAAUCACUGCCUCGAGUCCUUUCCCCCGAGAGCCUGAGUUGUGUGGAGGUCCCUAUCCCUUUGAGCGAUGGCCAUUUACCAGGUGUCCCUAAAGUGCCACUUCAGCCUCCAAAUUGUGCUUCCAAUUUGGAAUCCACCAGGAACCCCGAGAAGGCUGGCACCUCGGCCCCUUUGCCCCGGCCCAGGUUUGGGAGACCCCUCAAGCCCCCGUCUUACGGCUCCCAGCCACACUCCAGGGCCGGAGCAGAAAAUGGCAGCUAUGCAGACAGCCGGCAGCCGGACCCGGGUGCUGCCCACUUGGCCAGGACGAACAGUGCCAGGCAGGACCUCUAUGGGCCUGACCCAGGCCUGGAGCCCCCCGUGUAUGUGCCCCCACCCUCGUACAAGUCGCCACCGCAGCCCGCAGCACACCCCUGCCCGGAGGAGGCGGUACCCAGGCCUGAUGGCGGAGGCCGCCGUGUACCACAGCAUCUGAUGGAGAAGCCCGCUGCCGGCGGUCAGCCUCUUUCUGGCUCCCGGGGAGCUGGGAGUGAGUGGGGGGCCAGCCCAUGCUCUCCUGUAGGUGUCCCCCCACAGCCCCACCCAACCACGGCUUACGACGGCUCCAUCCUGAUAAUUCCCUUCAACGACCCGCGGAUACGACACAUUAAACUAGCCCGACCCCAUGGAUUCUGGGAAGAUGUGAAGCUGGAUGGUGCGGUCCCUGCCCCUGACCCAAGAAGCCUGCAGCAGGAGGGGGCCGUGUGGGGCACAUCAGGGACGGGGAGGGGUCCUGCCCCUGCUGAUCCCAGCCCCCCAUGGCUAUGGGGCCAGCCCCCCAGGGAUAGAGAAGACGGCAGUUCUCCUGACCGAAGAGACCCCUGCAUUGUCACACAAAGAAAGCGGCCCGAUGUGAGCGGCAGCCCACGCGAAUAUCCAGAAAGCCUCGUGUCCUCCCCGAGCCCCCAGGGCGAGAGUUCCUGUGAGAUGCAGACCCAACUCAGAAAGUUCCAGACAGGGCUGCAGCCCAAGAGAAGCUCAAAGAAAAAAACGAGUGAGACGAUCUUUUGUUUGGUUUCCAUCCCGGUGAAAUCGGAGUCCCAGCCGCCAGGUACGGACACGAACAACAAUGACCUGAAGCGGAGCGCUGCGUUGCAGGAGCAGAGCGGGCUCAGUUUGUCUUCCACCGACCUGGAGCUCCAGGCACUCACUGGCAGCAUGGCCCCGAGGACAGAGCUGCCAAGACCAGACCCGGGGGGCCCAGGAGGGGGCCGGCAAGCAGACGGCCUCAGAUCCCCCAACCCCGCAAAGCACCGCGCGCUCGCAUGGCCUGGGCACCACUUCCGAGACCAGCAAACACAAACCAGCUUCGCUCAAGAACCUCAGAGCCUGCAGCCCCUCCCAGGCGAGAGGACAGGGGGCUCCCCCGACCCCGUGCUGCCUCCAAGGUGUUUGGACCCUGCACCCUUUGAGGUUCAGAUGCACAUGGCGUUGGCGUCCAGUGACCCGAACCAGAGGCCCGGGACUCAUUCCCCGAAAAGUCAAGGGUCCCUCAGCCCGUCCAGCAACAGCGCCUUCUCCGGGUCCUCCCGGUCCAGGAACCAGGUUCCCGCACCGAGGGCCAGCCUGGGUCAGCAGGGCUCGGAUGGCCGUGGCCGCCGAGCCAGCCCCGUGUCCAGGGGUGAGGUGAUCAAGGGGGAGACCACGGGCCCCUGCAACAGUCGACAGCUGUUCGGGCAGUUCCUCCUGAAGCCCGUGAGCCGCCGGCCCUGGGACUUGAUCAGCCAGUUAGAAAGUUUCAACAAGGAGCUUCAGGAGGAGGAAGGAAGCAGUAACAGCAGCAGUGACGGCAGCGGCAGUGAGGACAGCGACACAGAGCUGCCCUGGCAGAGCUGUGCCCGCUCGGCACCCCAGCGUCCGGGCCUCCUGAAGGGCCUGGUGCCCGAGGACCCCAGGACCAGGCCGGGCAGAGUCAAGAGCAAGUCCGAGAGCUGGAGCGAGGAGGGGAGGCCUCGGUCCCCCAGGCCCUGGCAGGCAGAAGGCAGAGGCUCCGUGUGGCUGUCCCCCCCCGGGAGCUGGAUUGCUGAAGACGGGGACCGAGAGUUUGAGGACAGGGUGGCCCAGCUGGCAGUCAGCCCAAGGCCUGUGAAACGAGCAAUAUCUUCUGGGUUGAAUGAUGCAAAACCCGAGCCCCGACCCGAUCCAGCUGAACGGAGGGAGCCCCCGCCCAGCCAGGAGCUCCCUGGCAGUCUCGGAGCUGUGGAGCUGAGUGCAGCCGCCCCUCCGAGGGCGGGUGAUGGGGAGCAAGGGAGCACAAGGGCGCCCCUCUCUCUUGCCGGCAAAUCCCGAGGCCUGUCUGCACCAGACUUGAGGUCUGUGGGGCUAACGCUGGUGCAGGAGCAGAGUACCAGCCAGCUAGCAGGGUCUCUGGGUGAUGCCAAUGCCAUAGAAAUCCCCCCAAAUGAGUCCCUUGAAGCCAGGGCCACCAGGAUCCUGGGCAUCGAGGUGGCUGUGGAGUCCCUGCUGCCAGGCGCCCAGAGGGCAGGGCAGAGCCGGCACCCCGAGCCCGAUGGAAGUGCCCUCAGGCCCGAGUCCCCCAGACAGGAGGCAGCAGCCAGCUUGGCCCAGCCCAGUGAGUCCACUGCACCUGCCGACGCCUUCUAUGGCAGGAGGAAGUGCGGCUGGACCAAGAGCCCUCUGUUUGUAGGCGAGAGGGACAGCACCCGGCAGGCUCCCCGGGCCUCUGAGCCCGCGGAUGUGGACGGGGCCGUCCCCAGCAAGGCUCCUGAACCUCCGCCCAGCCCCCCGGAGUCCCAGCCUUUCCUUCCCAAGGACGUGGAGACAAAGCCACCCUUCAGGUCCACCUUGUUCCACUUUAUAGAAAGGACCCCAGACUUGGCAUUCUCGGAAAAGAAGCUCCGAAACACUUCCAGAGUGAUCGAAAGUUUACAGGAGAAGCUGGUCUCCCCACCCAGGAGGGCAGACCCCGACCGCCUGAUGAGGAUGAAGGAGGUGAGCUCUGUGUCUCGGAUGAGGCUCCUGACGUCCCGGGGCAUGGACUCCACGGAGGAGCCCAAGGCCGAGAGGGACCCCGGGGCGUGGCCAGGAGGCCUAGUGACUCCCAGCGCCGGGCACAAGCUCUCCGACCCCCAAGGUGCUCUGUCGCUGGAAGCAGACAGGCAUCCAGCAGUGCGAAGGGAGGAGAAUGGCGGCCGGGACUUCUGGUGCCCAGAUUCCUAUGACCCAAGCAGGGUGGAGAGGGUGUGA